AAAACUAUUGUUCUAUUCUACACGGAUCAAAUUAAAAAAAAAAAAAAAAAAAACAGCAAGCAAAUGGCUCCAACAAUGGCUAUAGCUGAUUCCAAAUCUACAGCGACAACGAAGAAAGAGGAAGAAGAGUUCAGGAAGAGAAACCAGGAGUUGGAGAAGGAGUUGAAAGAGAGCAGGGAAAGAGAGGAGCAGAUGAGAAACGAGUUACAAAAGAUAUUGGAAAGGCUAAGGGUGGCGGAAGAGGCAGAGGAAAGGCUUUGUUUUCAGCUGGGAGAGCUCGAAGCAGAGUCCGUCAAUCAGGCCCGUGCUUACAACGCCCACAUCCUCUCCCUCAUGAACCAGCUCUCGAAGGCUAACGCUCUCGUCAUCAACCACCGCAACGCUGAUCCCAUCUCCAUCCUUUGAUCUUUAAAUUUUUGGCUUCUGCUUUUGUCUAAUGUUUUAUUAUGUAAACAAAGGGCGUGAGACGCGUAAAUCACUUGAUUUUGUGUAUGGAUUCGUACAUAUAUUAGUUUUAGUUUGUUGUUAAUAGGAAAGGGCCGGUGAGCUGUGUAACAAUGUCAAAUAUUCAUAUAUUUGUUUCAGUUUUUCGCUAUUGCAAACGCAAGGGUUAUCCCUCGUUGUCAAACUCAACAAGUUUGCGGCCUCUGAUUUCUUAUGUUUUCAUUCUGGUAUGUACUUGGCGUCUAAUAUUCUUGUUUUUUAUUUGAUUUUAUUUGAUUUUUUUGCGUAAAGCUCAGGGAGAAAGGGGAGCCUGUUCUGAUCCUUUGACUCUGUAAGGGCCAAAAAUAAACCGUUGAAUUUCAAUCAAAGUCGUGGUUCUAUUUCUCUAUAUGUCAUUUUUUU